AUGACCUUCCCUCCCCCUCACCCUUCCGCCCAAUCGUCGAUUGCUUCUGGCACCGAUAAACCUUCUUCGACCAGGACCGAGAUUGGUGCCUGGGGUCGGACUUCCUCUCAGUCUGGGACUCGUCGUGGAUUGACUCCUCUUGCUACGAAUCUUGCUUCGUCUACAGCUUCGUCCGCAUCUGCCCGGGGCUUGGAGGCAGGCCCUGGGGCAUCAACGCCUUCUUCAUUCUCUGCAGUUCUGAGCGCGUCCAGGGGUUUGUUUGGGGCAAGCCCAAAGCCCAACUCCGCUUUCACUCCGUUGCAGUCGGGCUCACAGCAACAAGCUCAAUCCCUCUCCUCACCAAAGUUCCGUGCCCAUACUCCCUCAGGCUCCCACUUCUCUGCUACAACAGGUUCCAUUCCAGCAAGUGGAGGAAUCGGGGCUGGUGGUGUUCCUGCAUCUUCUAGAGGUGCUGCUUUUUCACCGCUCUCGUCCGGCACAACGGUGAAUUCGCCCACGGGCUUCGCUCCUGACAAAGCAGGCUCCUCAACUGCGCAUUCGAGCCAAUCGUCCCUCACCAAGAUCUCGAUUGCUCAGGUAUUCCUGCUGCUGGAUUCGAUCUCUGAGAAAGAAGGCAAGGAAAAGUGGGAAACCAAAGCUGCUCAGAUUCACAAGCUUGUCUCAUCGAACGGAAUGGAGGCCUUUUCAAAGUACUUCCGCCGUCUGUUGACAGGCAAUGCCCCGCAGAUUUUCCCGGGUGUAAACAAAUCUGUUGAAAAUGCGAGCAACUACCCACUUUUGGUGCAAGAGAUGCAGAAAGUCGCAGUGGACAUUGAACAGGCCCAGAAAAUUGCGGAGACCGUGGACAUGUCAGAGGGCGAUAUCUUCCGUGACUUUGAUCUCUCAACGUUCCUGGAUCAUUUCCGCCUAGAUCCUGUGCUGAAGGUCUCACUAGCAUUGGCUUUCAAGUUGACGAGCAAAUCUGACCUCCGGGCUAAAGCCGAUGCUAUCCUCUCCAACUCCCUCACUCCGUUCCUCUCGAGCUUGGCAAAUCCUUCAGAAGCGACCAAGGAUUUCCCGCAUUCUUUCCUUGGAAUGACCAUUGAGCGAUUCAUCCUAUACCCUCCACGAAAUUUCACCAACGAAAUCAAGGCGAAGCUGGUCUACGCAACCAAUCUCAGAUUCCAGAAGCUGGUCAUGGACAUGCCUUUUGAGGUCUCAUCGGCUUUGCAAAUGUUCCUCUUCGUUGACCCCGAAUACGCCCUGGUGCGACAGCUUCAUGCCAAGGGUCCUCGCGCGACGGCCAGCGCAGAGGUGCUUACGGAUGUGAUAAAUGCGGCAGGCCAGGACAGUUGGAACGAGCAGCAUCUUGCUAGUGCUAUGCUUUUCAUGGUUCUAUCGCAGUACUGGCAACAAUUCUCCCUCGAGAACCUCCUAAGUGCAUACAUAGGAAAACCAAUUAAUUGGGGACUGGUCCUGGGGAACUUCGACCGCGAGGGUUUGCGGCUGGAUCCAAAACAAUUCUCAAAAUUGUUCGAUCUUCUGGCCACAGUUGCCGCCAAGGAUUCGUCCCUGGAUUUGCAGAAGCUAUUUGGCGGAGAUUGGGAGCACCGUGACGCGCAAAUGUCUCUCUUGACGGCGUUUAUCGUCGCUCGCACAGAUCCAUCCUUGAUUCCAAGCCUGCGCCCUGCAUUCCCAGCAGAUCUCUUCGAAGAUAGCUCGGAGACCGUCAAAGCACUAUCGGAGCGUGCGGUCAAAUCUCCGCUUCGAUGCUUGGAUGCCAUCAAAGCAAUCUUUGACGUUGCUCUGUUCUCCCAGUCCUCAUGGGCUGCGGCGGAGAGCCAGCUUCUCAUCAAGGCUGUCGUCCAGUUCGAUCUUCCAAUCUUCCUCAUCUCCGCAUUGGCAAUCAAGCAGCCUUGGACUGAUGUCCAGACAACCUUCAUUGUCCGUACAUUCAUCGUUUUCCUUGGAAAACAAGAAGAAGGGUUCCAGCUGGCCCUCGAUGGAGCUUGGCGCCAGGAUCGGCAAUGGGUUGCCGCAAAGCUUUUCGAGGCCUUCACCCAAGAUCCUACCACCACUGCAAUGAUCUACGAACACGCUGCUGAAUAUGGAUGGCUCGAAUAUCUUCUUACGUUCUCCAACGGCCUCGCUCUCGAUCUUGCCUGCUAUUGUCACCGGAAGAACAACCUUGACCUCGAGCAAUGGGUUCGCAAUGCUGCCCAGAAAGGCCACCAUGUGAACAUGGGCGAUCUUCUCUCCAAGUUCCUUCGGAUCAAGGCGGAAGACGAGCUUCACGUACAAAGGAAAGAGCAGCCUGUCCCACAGAUGGUCAGCCUGUCAGUCAAAACCGUCUACACACUUCUAUCCGUGUUGGAGGAAUACGUUGGAGACCGUGAGAACUUGACUCCCGUUCAGCGCAUUUGCAUUCAGACCUAUCCGCGAUUGAUCAACUAUGGGGAAGGCUUUGACGACAUCAUUGACGCCAACGGUGAAUCUGGAAAUUCGCUUCCAGAGGCGAUCGACAAACAGAUGCAAGAAUUAUUCGGGAAGAUGUAUCACGAGGAGCUGUCAUUGCGCGAAAUGUUGGAAUUGAUGCGCCAGUAUAAAUCUUCGCGUGAGCCCACCGAGCAAGAUCUAUUUGCAUGCAUGGUGCACGGCUUGAUCGACGAAUAUCACUGCUACCAUGAAUACCCCCUCGAGGCAUUGACCAAGACAGCUGUCAUGUUUGGUGGUAUUAUCAACUUCCGGCUCGUGGACGGGAUCACCCUCAAAGUUGGGCUUGGCAUGAUCCUCGAGGCUGUUCGGGAGCACGAAGUGCACGACCCGAUGUUCAAAUUUGGAGUUGAGGCUAUUGAGCAGCUGAUCAACCGGCUUGGCGAGUGGGCUGGAUUUUGUCACCUUCUUCUUCAGAUCCCGACUCUUCAGGGAACCCCCAUCUUCCAGAAAGCCGAAGAAGUGCUGCGCGAACAAGGCUCACAGCCUGGCGAUAGUGAGCGAUUUGAUGAUUUCGGACCCGCAGCCCUACCCAAUGGCAACAGUGACGACUUGUCGGCCCCUGAUGGUAGCAUGAGAAAGUUUCGCUCUAUCUCAGUGGAUCCGCCUAUUCGCUCGGACAUCUAUCGUGAUCCCGAUGAAGACAUCCAGGAUAGAAUACUCUUUGUUUUGAACAAUGUUUCAGAACAGAAUCUGGACGAAAAGCUCCGGGAUCUGCGCGAUGUCCUCCGUGACCAUCAUCAUCAAUGGUUUGCGGCGUAUCUCGUUGAGGAACGUGCCAAGUUACAACCUAACUUCCAGCAACUCUAUCUUGAUCUUCUAGACAGGAUCGAUGAUAGGAUACUGUGGGCUGAGGUCCUCCGGGAGACUUAUGUCAGUCUUUCUCGACUCCUGAACUCCGAAUCUACCUUAACCUCCUCCACUGAUCGAGGCCAUCUCAAAAAUCUUGGUGCCUGGCUAGGGUCUCUGACUAUCGCGAAAGACAAGCCCAUCAAGCACAAGAAUGUAUAUUUCAAAGGGUUGCUUUUGGAAGGAUAUGAUACCCAGCGUUUGAUGGUCACAAUUCCUUUCACCUGCAAGGUUCUUGUGCAGGCCACGAAGUCCAGGGUCUUCAGACCUCCUAACCCCUGGCUGAUGGAUAUAUUGGGUCUGUUGUUGGAACUUUAUCAUUUCGCCGAACUCAAACUCAACCUCAAAUUCGAAAUCGAGGUUCUGUGCAAGGAUCUUGACCUCGAUCACAAGACCAUUGCUCCUGCUGUCAUCAUCCGUGACCGCAGCGCGCACAUCAAUGACGAAGGCGUGCUUCCAGCAGCGGCCGCUAUCCCAGAGGGACUCGAGCCCUUCAACGAUUUGGCUAUUGGCCCUCUCAGUCAAGGCAUUCAAAAUGAGCGUUUGUCGCCCGCAGCGAUCAUGUCUACCUUGCCUAGCCUUGAGAAGAUCCUUGUACUGCCCCCAUCCGCGAGCAGCAUGGUUGAUGCUAGUGUCCUUCGACAAAUUGUCCACACUGCCGUGGAACGUGCCAUCGCCGAAAUCAUAACCCCUGUCGUGGAACGCUCGGUCACCAUCGCUUCUAUUUCCACCGUCCAACUGGUCUCGAAGGACUUUGCUACAGAGCCCGACGAGGAGAAGGUCCGCCAGGCGGCUGGCAUCAUGGUCAGACAGCUGGCUGGAAGUCUUGCUCUUGUCACCUGCAAGGAGCCGCUCAAGGUCAGCAUGACCAACUACAUUCGCGUUAUUCAGCAAGAAUACUCCGAUCAGCCAAUGCCUGAAGGCCUCGUUCUUAUGUGUGUGAACGACAACCUGGACGCUGCAUGUGGCAUCGUGGAGAAAGCAGCCGAGGAAAAGUCACUGCCAGAGAUUGAAAAAGUCAUUGAGCCUCAGCUUGAGGCUCGACGACGCCACUUGGCAACGCGACCCAAUGAACCUUUCGUGGACCCGUCUAUGAAUCGGUGGGGCCUUUUCAUUCCAGAGCCCUACCGGCAAAUGCCCGGGGGCCUGAACAAAGAACAAUUUGCGAUCUAUGAGGAAUUUGCUCGUCAGUCUCGUGGGCCAGUAUCUGCUCACCCCCAGAACGUGUCCGCGGAUUCUGGGCGUCAAAUCCCAGAUGUGCUGCAAGAGGCAUUCCCUCCUCCAAUUCCUAAUCUUUCCACCCCUGCGGAGCAGCCGGCUAUCCCUCACCGCACCCCGCAGCCCCAGAAUGCAGUUACGCAAAUGGGACUUCCUUCGAAUGGCUUCCUUGAGGCUCAGAGCCCACGGGAACGCGUGGAUGCCAUGAUCUCUGAACUGCAAAUUUCCUGCCGAAACGUCCCCGAGGAGCAUGUCAAGGAUCUUAGUCGUGACAGCACUGUCCUUCAAGAAUACAACCAAAUUCUGCGUGCUAUUCUUGCCUCGCCCAACGGAGAGGAACUUGCUCGUCUGACCUCGUUGAAGAUCUGCACAACCUUGUACUCUCAGUCUUCUGGUUCGUUGGAGAUUGAAGUGCUCGUUCAUUUACUUGCCAAGCUCGGUGACAUGUCAACAUUGAUCUCGCGAUACACCUGGGCGCUACUCUCUGAGGUUGACGAUGAGCAUUUGUUCAACAUCCCCGUUACUGUUGCCCUCAUCGAUGCUGGUCUGCUAGACAUUCGCCGAGUUGACAUGGUCCUGACCCGCUUGAUCCUACAAAAGAACAUCACUGCCAUCGAGCUUCUCGACAAUCUCAUGAGCCGACUGCUCUUUAACGACGAGCCGACUGCACUUCGAUCUGACUUUGGAGGAAGUCUCGAAGCUAUGAGCCAAUGGCUCGCCGAAGAUGGGAACGUUGCUCCUGCGUUGGAUAUUGUUCGCAAGCUUCGAGAUGCGGGAAUUCCCGAAGUAGUCGCACCAUUGCUCACAGAUCAGGCUCGAUCGAAGCGUGAUCAGAUGGAGUACAUCUUCAGUGAAUGGAUCGGCGUCUACAGGGGCUCGAAUGCCAGCGAGCGCACUUACUUGUCCUUCCUGCAGGACAUGCACAACCGCCAGGUCAUGAACACUCAAGAGGACUCCACCCUUUUCUUCCGCCUAAGCAUCGACAUUUCGGUUGUCAUGUUUGAAAACGAGUCACAAAACCCCAACGGCAGUCUCGAUGAAGCCUUCCUCUACAUUGAUGCCCUCGCGAAGCUGAUUGUUCUUCUCAUUAAAUACCAAGGAGAGGCUACCGGUUCAGUUCGGGCUGAUAAACCGUCCUACUUCAACUCGAUUCUCUCCGCGCUGGUGUUGGUACUGAAUAACCAUCAAGUUAUGAGAGGAGAGGCUUUCAACCAGCGAGUGUUCUUCCGCUUAUUCUCGACCAUCCUAUGUGAAUAUUCCAUCGCUGGUCUUCAGCAUCAUGAGCAGCACCAGGGUAUGAUCUUCGCCCUGGCCAACAAGUUCUUGAGCCUUCAGCCCCGCUACGUUCCUGGCUUCGUUUAUGGAUGGCUGUCUUUGAUUUCUCAUCGAGUGUUCAUGUCUGAUAUGCUGAACAUGCCAAACCGUAUGGGAUGGGCGCCCUAUUGCGAGAUCAUGCAAGCGCUUCUUUCAUAUAUAGGCGAGCAGCUCAAGGCCGCUGAGAUCCAUUAUGUUGCCAAAGAUCUCUACAAGGGCGUCCUUCGCAUUCUGCUGAUUCUCCAUCAUGACUUCCCCGAAUUCGUCGCUGAGAACCACUUUCAAUUUUGCAAUGUGAUUCCCGCGCAUUGCGCUCAGCUUCGCAAUUUGGUGCUUAGCGCCUAUCCUUCGUCUUUUCAGAAACUCCCAGAUCCUUUCCGGGAAGGCUUGAAGGUCGAGCGACUCGAGGAAAUGCGAGAGAUCCCCAAGAUUGCUGGCGAUAUCAUUGCUCCUUUGCAGAAUGCCAACAUUAAGCAGGUCAUCGAUGAUGCUCUUCAAAGUGAAAGCAUUUCCGAUAGCGACAUCCAGCAAAUCUGCGAUUCUGUCCUUGUCACCGAGCCCAAGGAGACUGCUCUCUUUUACGUUCCCAUCAACGUGGAUGUUGUCCUCAUCAAUGCCCUGACCCUAUACAUUGGACAACAGGGCGUUGAGCAACACGCGUCGAAGAGCAAUGCUCGUCACGCCUUUGAGACUUCCGCCCACGCUACUCUCCUGGAGAAGAUAGCUCAAGCAAUGCAGCCCGAGGGUCGCUACUACUUGCUGAGCGCCAUGGCCAAUCAACUGCGAUAUCCUAACAGCCACACCUACUUCUUCAACCUUACCAUCCUGCGCUUGUUUGGGGUGGAUUUCUCCGACUCCGAUGACUCUGCGAUUCGACAGCAGAUCAUUCGGGUGCUUCUCGAGCGACUGAUUGUUCAUCGUCCUCACCCAUGGGGUCUCAUCAUCACCCUACAGGAGCUCCUUCAGAAUCGAAGCUACUCUUUCUUCCGCCUUCCCUUCAUUCAGGCGGCUCCCGAGAUUGGUCGUCUCUUUGAUGCCCUUCUACAGCACAUCCAGCAGCAAAGCCCUCGCCCCGUCGCGUAA